AGCAGCAGUGGAACAGCGCCAAAGGGCAGAGAGAUUUGUAGAUGAUGGUGCUAAUUACCAGAAUGCAAACCAUAAUGCGACCAAGAUGGAAGCAAUUUAGGCAGUAGUCAUUUAGCCUGCUGCUCUUCCGCCCACCGGCUGCUGCCUCACCAGAGUUGGGGCAUUAGGAUGGGAACAGUCUGGGACAAUCCAUUGCUCCGGUGAAGGAUGAAGAGAAACACACAGAAGAGAAGCUCUGUGGUGUGAAGAGCACAUGGCCAAAGCUCUGCGACUGAACGCUCAUUUAUCUUCUUCUUUUUCCCCCCUCUGAAUCUAACUAGGACAGGAAUGACCCGCAGUGUCGCAGGCAGCGCUCACAGGUCAGGAGGAGGAAGGAGUUCGUAAAUAUUUGAGAACAAAGAUGGCAGUGAACUUUUAAUUGCUGAGAGAGGAAGUUGCCUUUGAUUCCCAAGACAACCUGCAGUCAGCGGCUGGAGGAGCGAGGCCAAUCACAAAUAUCACCAAACUAUCUCCAGUCUGCCACACUCAGGUGAAUGUGGGCCUAUUUUUUACUUUAUCAAACGUUGAAAUUAAGACUGCAAUUGUUUACUGAUUAUUAAUCAAUUACUAAACGAUUGACAGCGUGCUUUGAUAAGUGAUUAAUAAUAAUCUAUCAUUUCAUUAAUGUGACCACGUUUCACAGUUCUCUGACAUUUCAUGAUUGAUGGAGUAAAUACAGUGAUGUAAUACACCUUCAUGUUAUUAAUGAGAACAUGUGGCGUCAGUGUGCUUCCUCCUCACCUGUGACUCAGCCUCUUACACUUUGGGAACUGGUCGAAUUGCUCUUUUCGGACAUUUCACAGGACAGAGCUGUCCUCCACUCAGCUACUGUGUAAUUUUACCCACGCACAGUCUCUGCUUCACACAGGGCUGAUACCUUUGCCUCCCCCUUCCCUUUGUAUCAAUUGGUCGGAGUUCAGCCUAUUGUUGCCACAAGCGUCUUUUAUAUGUGCGCUCAUUCUGCGCUCAGGCGCUCAGUCACAACCACGGGAGGGACCUCCAGCACCUCCAGCACCUCCACCUCUGACUCCAGCAGCAGCAGCAGCAGCAGUGCUGGGGCUGUCAGCGCGUACUCUCGGGCUCCUAUGUGCGCAGUGCUGGAGCUUUCCAGCGUUGGGGCCCCGACACUUUAAUGGGACCCCGGGAGCCGGGUAGGAUUUCUCCGCUUUUUCGCCACAGUCGUUGCUCCUCGACCAUGCCACGAUGCUGAUGAUAGCUCUGCUGGUGUUGCUGAGCCUGUUGGAUCCCGUUAGUCCCCGGAGCCGCUGCGCCCGUGGCCAGGCGUGCGACCCCCGGCAACGCAGGGACGCCGGGGGCCGCGGUGGAGUGUAUGAGCACCUCGGAGGAGCGCCGAGGCGCAGGAAACUCUACUGCGCUACCAAAUACCAUUUACAAAUCCAUCCGAACGGGAAGAUAGAUGGAUCACUGGAGGAAAACAACCCACUGAGCAUCAUGGAAAUCACAGCUGUGGAUGUGGGUGUUGUAGCCAUUAAGGGGCUUUUCUCUGACAGAUAUCUGGCCAUGAAUGAUAAAGGACGACUGUACGCCUCGGAAGUGUUCACCAAAGAGUGCGAGUUUGUGGAGCGGAUCCACGAGUUGGGGUACAACACGUACGCAUCCCGCCACCACUCCACUGAACAGCCACUGCUACCAGGAGGCAGCGGCAGCAACAAGCGCAGAGCCAGUGCCAAACGCCAGUGGUAUGUUUCCAUUAAUGGCAAAGGCCGGCCGCGGCGAGGCUUUAAAACCAGAAGCACAGACAAAGCCUCACUUUUCCUGCCUCGGGUGCUGGGCAACAAGGACCAUGAGAUGGUGAGGCGACUGAGAGACAGUCAGAGUGUGCACCACCACACACAUCACCGCAGCGGUGAGCGGCGACGGCGUCGGCACCGUGCCAGGAAAGGCAGGGGCUGAACUCUGUAGCUGGAUUUCAGUGGAGGACAUGGAAGAACAGUAUGGACAGUAUGGAUGCUGCCUUCUGGAUUAGCAAAGGUUCAAAAAAGAAAUAAGUAGAAAAAGAAAAGAAGUGUUGGGACACACACACACACACACACACACAUCAGCUAAUCUAACCGUUUAUUUACUGAUGUCUUUCUACUGUCUUGUACACAAAUGUGUUAAUAUAGUUGAACACUUCAGUCUUAGUUUGUAAAAGGUUGUACUUUUGUACACGUUGCUUCUGUUAUUGUAAAUACACGUUCACUCACUCCAGGUUUUCAUUGAAGAGAAUAUGCUAUUGCUAUUUUGCUCCAGUCAAGUGCUGAAAACAAAAAUCAUGGCUAAUAUUAACUCAGCAAAGCACUUUUUGGUCAGAGUCACACUAAAGGGAUAGUUGCAGGUUUUGAAGUGUGGCCGUGACUGAGCGGAGAAAAAAGAGUUUUUAUUAAGACUCGCGUAAUAAAAUCUACUCCUCCAUAUGUUUGCGUCUUUAACAACACUCACCCACUCUCCCGCAUCAAAGUCCAGAGAGAGAAUCAGCGAUUUUCCUCCACAGCUACAGACGUUUGCUGGGACUUCAGCACCAACAGAGCCGUGAAAUAAAGCAGCAAACAUAUUCUUCAGCUAUCGUAAGACUUCAGACGUGCCUCAGGCCGGUUUAACCACACUUCAAAAACCCUGGAGCAUCACUUUAAGAAGCAAAGGGAGAAUCAGUGUGAGACGGGACCUGCUGAUGUGAUUGUCUACUGUCUGUAAAUUCAAAGAAGUACUUUGUAUAUUUUACUAAUGAUAUAUUUAUUUGGUGCCUCCUGUGUUGUAAGUUAUUGAUAAGACUAUUUCUGCAUUGUUCCAGUGUUGCUGUUUGUUUCAUAGUUUCACUCACCACCUGGUUCCAUCAUAAAUGCAAACUGACACAAGCAAACAGCUGAGCAUCUUCAUUCCUCAUUGUGUUUUCAGUGUAUAAAAGAAAGAAAAGCAGACCUUUAAGCAUUUAGUCCAGAUGAAUAUACAUCUGCACAGGAACAAAGACACGCUUCCACAUUACAAUACACAACAUAUACAGACAGAAAGAAGCAGCAUUUAUGAUAUGAAAUGAAAACUCUAUGUGUUCAAAGUUAGCUGAAGCUCUUUGAAACAAACAAUGGCACAUUUAGUCUGAAACAUCACGUGGAAAACAGUGGGACCACAGCUUCUCCAUGUUUCCUUAAUAAUACACAGAUGUUUUUUUA